AUGGAAUCACUCCCAAUCCUCCAAGAGAAGUCUAUGGCGACUGUAACUGAGUAUUCGAUUCCAAGUUCGCCCGAUGGUGCUGUUACACCUUACGAUGGUAAAACUCAUGUUUUCAACAUUGAUAUGCCCGCCUACUCAGACAAAGUCAUGUUGACAUUCAACAAUGCGGUCAAGCAAACCACAGGGUUUGAAAGCGGUGCAACAAAGUUAAAGAAUAUGCUCAGGGACUCCAAUGAGUUGAUCGUUUGCCCUGGUGUUUAUGAUGGUAUCUCGGCACGAGUUGCCCUGCAAGUCGGCUUCCCAGCCCUUUACAUGACAGGAGCAGGUACCACUGCCUCCCGCUUGGGCAUGGCAGAUCUUGGCAUAGCCCAACUGGCUGAUAUGAAGGAACAUGCCGAGAUGAUUGCAAACCUUGAUCCUUAUGGCCCACCUUUGAUUGCCGACAUGGACACAGGUUACGGUGGCCCUCUCAUCAUUGACAAAGCCGUUAAAUCGUAUAUCAGAGCCGGUGUUGCUGGAUUCCACAUUGAGGACCAAAUCCAAAACAAGCGUUGUGGACAUCUCCAAGGCAAAAAGGUUGUUCCAGCAGAAGAGUUCUACAUGAGAAUUCGUGCAGCCAAAGCCGCCAAAGAGGCCAUGAACUCAGAUAUUGUGUUGAUCGCACGCACAGAUGCACUACAACAACUUGGCUACGACGAGUGCGUCAAGAGAUUGAAGGUCGCUCGGGAUAUGGGUGCUGAUGUUGGUUUACUCGAGGGUUACACUUCGAAGGAGAUGGCUGCAAAGACUGUAAAAGAGUUUGCCCCAUGGCCAAUACUCUUGAACAUGGUUGAGAACGGCAGCACCCCAAUCAUCACCACCAAGGAAGCACAAGAGAUGGGAUUCCGUAUCAUGAUCUUCUCUUUUGCUGCUCUCGCUCCAGCAUAUCUGGCAAUCCAAGAGACUUUCUUGCGAUUGAAGAGGGACGGUGUUGUAGGAACUCCAAAGAACCUGACGCCCAAGGCUUUGUUCGAUGUUUGUGGUCUGAAAGAUAGUAUUGUGGUUGAUACUGCGGCUGGUGGUGGGGCUUUCGCGGAUGGUGUUUGA